AUGUUGAGAAAUGUGAGUGAAGUGUUAAUGCAUACAUCUCUGGAUUUAUGGGACUAUUUCGACAUGGCGCCCGUAGAAGUGAAUUCUACUGAUGGAUUGGACAGCACAGUCCCACCGCCUGAGGACUUUGUGGUUGCAGUGUACAGUGUCUUAUUGGUUGUGGGAGCGAUCGGCAACGUGACCGUGUUCGCUUCUCUGCUCAGGUCACGCCGCCGGAAGUCGCGGGUCAACCUGUUGAUGACCCAUUUGGUUGUUGCUGACAUGAUUGUGACGUUCAUCGUCAUCCCUUUGGAGAUUGGUUGGCGGACGACAAACGCAUGGCUGGCUGGUAACUUGGCUUGCAAGUUUUUCCUGGUGCUGCGAGCUUUUGGCCUGUACCUGUCUUCCAAUGUACUCGUCUGCAUAUCUGUUGAUAGAUUUUUUGCAAUCCUCUAUCCACUUCGGCUGGCGAUAGCGAGGAAGAGAAGCAAGAUGAUGCUGUACCUUGCUUGGGUAGUUGCGUUGUUUUGCAGCUUGCCUCAGAGCCUGGUCUUCCGCGUGAUGACGCACCCGAAGGUGCCAGAGUUCCAGCAGUGCGUCUCCUUCGAAGCCUUCGCCAGUCAGCACCAGGAGUUGGCCUACAACGUCUUCUGUCUUUGCGCCAUGUACUUCCUCCCAUUGAUGAUCAUCACCGUCUGCUAUGCUUGUAUCUUCUAUGAGAUCUCAAAGAAUAGCAAGGAGAAUUCUGAAAAGCACCAGCAGUCCGACCACAGCAGAGUGAUGCUGAGGAGAUCAGACCAGAGGCCGCUGGCGAGGGCUCGUCGGAGGACGCUGAGGAUGACCGUCACCAUCGUCACAGUCUUCGCUUGCUGCUGGCUGCCAUAUGCCACCAUGACUCUAUGGUACAUGCUGGACCGUCAGUCGGCAGAGCACGUGUCAGCCAGGUUGCAGGAUCUGUUCUUCAUCAUGGCGGUAUCCAACUCCUGUAUGGAUCCCCUGGUCUAUGGGACAUACACCCUGGAUCCGAGGACUCUCACACGGACAGCGAGGAAGAUCUUUUGCAUACACGCUCCACAUUCUGAGAUACCUGGUAUCUCGGGGCCCGAGCUUUUGAAGAGCAAAAUACAAGGCAACGACAUUUCAUGCCAUCAUCAUGAUCAUGUCCGGGCCCACUGCGGUCGCCGGUACGCGGUGCGGUUCGACGACACCUCAACGGCUGGGCCGAGCGUGAAUUCGGACCCGAUUCACUUCCUGAGCGAACGCUCGUUCGCCGAGCGGACACUCAAACCCUCGCAGAGCUGCGAAGUGUUCGUCCUCCACACACCUCACAGGACUUUCCACUCAUAG